UAACGCCCAUUUGCAGCAAAGUCACGGGGGAGUUUCGAACCUAUCUUCUCCCUCUUUGUUCUGUCUCCUUCUCGCCAAACAUCGCGCCCCCCCUCCCUUCUCUCUCUCUCUCGCAGAUGGAGCUAUCGCUGUCGCACAGCAGGGGAGUUCUGUGGCGUUGUUCCUCCUCGGGUAUGCAAUCCUUUUGAUCUAACUUGGGUGUAAUCUCCACUCUCAUCGAGCAAUACUACGGGGAUUUGAUGAUUUCCAGUACGCACCGUAUUCCUACAACUCAUGGGUCCUCAGAUCCAUAGUUAUAUCCUAUGCCACAGAAUCGAUCAAUUCUUUGUUUUUAUCCUCUCAUCCAUCCCUUUCCGAUAUGUCAAGAGUCAUUGGCAGUUAGAAGUAGACAACAUGUCAAGUGGCAAUGCUUUCCAGGGUUUUCUUCUCCGACCAAAAGGACUUCACAACUAAUGCUAGGUCAGAACUGGGUUCAUUCUGUGCAGCAAAGCAACCAGAAGGUUAUCUGUUAUCAGAAAAAAUCUGUUCCUGUGGUGGAGGGCAGGUGUGUUAUUUAUUUCUGAUAUCAGAUGAGUCUAUUGAAGAGGUGUAUGAUGCUUUAGCUGAACGUCUUCUUUCUACUGCAACCAAGAUGCAGGAUCUUAAUUCAAACAGAUAUAUUGUAGGUUUGGCUGGUCCACCUGGUGCAGGCAAGAGCACUCUAGCAUCUGAAGUAGUUUGCCGUAUAAACAAACAUUGGUCCCAAAAAACUUCGAAAAAGGAUUCAGCUCCCCAAAAUGAUAAUGUUGGUAUAGUACUUCCUAUGGAUGGAUUCCACCUGUACCGUUUCCAGCUUGAUGCAAUGGAGGAUCCAGAAGAAGCACAUGCUAGAAGAGGAGCCCCAUGGACAUUCAAUCCAGAUCUGCUCCUAACAUGUCUGCAUGCUCUAAGGAAUGAGGGAUCAGUUUAUGCCCCAUCAUUUGAUCAUGGUGUUGGUGACCCUGUAGAAGAAGAUGUAUUUGUGAGUUCACAGCACAAAAUAGUGAUUGUGGAGGGGAAUUACUUGUUCUUGGAAGAAGGGGCUUGGAAGGAUGUUUGUUCUAUGUUUGAUGAGAAGUGGUUCCUUGACAUUGACAUUGAUACUGCGAUGCAACGAGUUCAGAAAAGGCAUAUAAACACAGGAAAGGAGCCACAUGUUGCGAAGAGGCGGGUGGAGUACAAUGACCGUCCAAAUGCAGAACUCAUAAUCAAAACAAAAAAGAACGCAGAUCUUGUAAUCAGGUCGGUCGACUUCUAAAGCUGGACAUCAAUGCCUUGACAAGGGAAUAACUGAAUAAGAAUGGUUCUCUCUGUAUUAAUAAUCGUGAUCAUCAUGUAAACAGGGAUGAGUCAUCUUGUUUAUUUAAUAAAGAAUGUUCCAAUUUCAGUUGCUCCA